AAAUGUGUUUCCGUUUCCGGUUGGUUCCGGUUUGUAUCCGAACCUUUGCUCAGAUGUACCGAGGUUCGAGCGGCAGAGCUCAGCGGAGUCCCGGCGGGCCGCGCCCGGCAGGAAGGUUCCCAUCCCCUGAUCCCCGCUGGGGGUCUCCAUUCCCCGGUUCUUCUCGCGUGUUUUCCCCGGAGUUCUCUCCGAGAUUCUCCGCUGGCUCGAACCAGGGACACUACCGGCAGGAUCAGGAUGGAUCUCCGGGGAGCUAUGGGGGCUGGUCCCGCCGGGGAUUUGCUGGUCAGACGCAGGGAAGGGCCCACGGUUUCCGGCGGCCUCAGAACUUUAGUCCUUCCUUCUCUCCGAACGCUCAGUCCAGACGCUCAGAACCUGGUGUGGAGAAGUUCUUCAGUCCAUCUAUGCUUCAGGAUCCUUGGAAAGAUCUGCAGCCGGUUACGACUGAAGAGGCAGCCGCCAGGAGGACGGCAUGAGUGCCACAGUCAGAAGAGGAGUCUGCUGCCACCAGAACUGAGAAUCUGUUGGUGAAGAAGAGAUCCGAAAUUUAGUUUGAUAUAGUAUUAUGUAAAAGAAAUGUUGAUCAAAAUGUUUUUUUUUUUUGUUAAAGACUGCUGUAUUGUUUUGUAUCUGUUGGUUUCUUUUUAUUUGUCCUUCAUCGUCGUUGCAUAAUUUGACCAUCUGCUCUCAGGUGUCAGAUCUCAUCCUGGAGAAGCUUUUGCAGCCAUUCAUACAUGUAGAUCAGAACCGAACCGAGCCUAGUUCAUCAAACUAAUUUCACCAGUUUUUAAUUUACCAAAUAAAAAAGUGUAACAGGAGAA